CAUAAACGAUCUUCGUUCACAAACGCUGCAAAAGGAAACAUGGCAGACGCCGCGGCUAAACGUGAACCAGAUAGUGUUGGAACUGAUGAAUUAUCCCCGAAAGUCAAGCGGGCGAAAGCUGAUAAUGAGAAUAGUCCAGGAGAGGCCGGAAAGGAAUCUGAAUCCGAGAAUAUUCUGUCUGGGUUUAAAACAACCAACGUCUUGAGUGAUUCUGCCCGGGAAAAGAACAUCUUUAUCCAUGGACAGAUUGCCGACCAGGAUGCUGUGGUCAUUCUGGAGAAGACUCCCAUCAGAGAAGACACCCUGGCUGAGAUCCUCAGUGGUUCCAGGCUGAAGCUGGAGAUGAGCAACGACAUCUACAGCACGUAUCGGCUGCAGGCCCCUCCUCAUCUCAAUGAGAUUAAGACCACAGUGGUGUGUCCAGCCACAGAGAAGCAUGUAAAGAAAUACCAGCGUCAGGAGAGUUUUCUGGUGGAGGAGACGGGGGAGGACUAUCAGUCCAUCACUCUGCCAUACAUCCAGAAGCAGAGUUUCAGCGUGCAGUGGGUAUACAACAUCCUGGAGAAGAAGGCAGAGGCUGAGAGGAUAGUUUACGAAGAUCCGGACCCGGAGGUCGGCUUUGUCCUCCUCCCCGAUUUCAAAUGGGACCAAAAACAGGUUGAUGAUUUGUACCUGAUUGCCAUAGUACAUCAGAGGAACAACAGGAGCCUGAGAGACCUGAGGUCAGAGCAUAUUCCGCUGCUGCAGAACAUCCUCCAGAAAGGAAAGGAGGCCAUCCUGCAGCGCUACAACCUCCCAGCUAGCAAGCUGAGAGUCUAUCUGCACUACCAGCCGUCCUACUACCACCUCCACGUCCACUUCACCAAGCUGGGCUACGAGGCUCCGGGCUGUGGCGUGGAGCGCGCCCACCUCCUCGCGGACGUCAUCCAGAACCUCCAGUCUGACCCCCACUACUACGAAAACCGGACACUGUACUUCCCCCUGAGGGCAGACGACGGACUGCUCAGCAAGUUCAAGGAGGCAGGGAGACUGUAAUGUACUGUGCGCACAUGCACUUAUUCCCCCCAUCAGUAGAUUUCGAUCCACACUGUGCAGCAACAGUGCCACUUAGCUGCAUCCACUAAUCAAUACCUAGCUGUACAAGUUGGUGGUUUGGCUAUGAAUAUUUUCUCCUUUUAAAGAUUUUUCUAUCAGUGUUGUUCACAGAUGUAAUUUCUAAGGUUACACAACAUACAGUCUAGGUAUUGGAGAAUUUCAAACCUCAACUAAUUAACGAUCGGCAACAUUUUAUGCAUAUUUUAUACAUACUUGGAUACAUCAUUUGUACAUGUUUCAGUCUGAUUUCCCCACCAUUUAAUCAUUUUUAUAUUAUUCCUGCUUUCUUUAUAUGGACAGGAGAGAAGGUAGGAGUAAAUCUGACAAAUUAGUGGAUAAAAGAUUUUUCAAACUAUGCUCAGUGUUGUCUAAUGUUUUUAUAUGUUUUCUAUACGUUAAAUGAAUGUUGCUGAUUGAAUUAAAGAGUGAUAAUUUUUUUCUACUCA